AUGUAUGUGCCCCAUUUUUUCAUGUGUUUAACCACAGCUGAUAUCAUCCAAAGGAACCUGAACUCUCGACCAGACCAUAACUCACUCCAACUCCCUUGUGGGCGCCCAAAUUGUUGGCACUAUUUCAAAACUCAAGCGGGACAAACAAAACAUUGGAAUUCAGCCCAUCCUACAAUCACAAAGGCGUCUAAUUCUUACCAUGCCAGUGUUUCCAAAGAGCUGGAAGAGCCUUACCAUCCAGCACCUGCACAACCACAUGAGGCACAGUUCAACAUUCAAGAAGUCAAGAAUGAUUGGUUGAAUCCGAUGGAACAUGAUGGGGCGCAUGACUCACCAGCUCCGAGAAUCGACACCGAGUUUUGGGGGCCAGGAAACCGCCUAUAUCAGAACUUUCACAAGGACCUUGACACUCCCCCUUGUGAUGAGAACGGCAUGUUUCUUCCCCCUGGAAGCCCACCUGAACUGCUCUCUGAUAAAUCCUCCUCUGACUGGACACCUUACCGAAAUUGCAUUGAAUUUGAAACGGCAGAGUUUUUUUUUGCUGUGAAUCAGACACCUGCAGCCCAGAUCAAUAAACUCCUUGAUCUCUGGGCCUCAACCCUCAAGAAACACAAUGACAAGCCUCCAUUUGCUGAUUUUCGUGACCUUUAUAAAACCAUCAACAAAACACCACUUGGAGAUGUCAAAUGGCAGUCAUUUUCAGUUCGCUACAAUGGUGAAAGACUGGAUGCUGAUGUGCCACCAUGGAUGGAUCAAGUUUUUGAUGUCUGGUACCGUGAUCCACAAGAGGUCAUUCACGACAUGCUUGCAAAUCCUGACUAUGCCGGAGAGUUUGAUUACAGACCCUACCAUGAGUUCUCAACCAAUGGUGAUGAGCGUCAGUGGAAGGACUUAAUGUCUGGUGAUUGGGCAUGGGAUCAGGCUGAUAUAAUCUCAGAAGAUCCAGAAUUGCAUGGAUCCACAUUUGUACCCGUUGUUUUAGGCAGCGACAAGACUACAGUGUCUGUCGCAACAGGAAACAAUGAGUACUACCUGCUCUAUGCAUCUAUUGGCAAUGUUCACAACAAUGUCAGACGAGCUCAUCAUGAUGCAGUUAGUAUCAUCGCCUUUCUUGCUAUUCCCAAAAUGACUAAGGAGCAUGUGACUAGCGAUGUGAGGUUCCGAAAGUUUUGCCAGCAAUUGUUUCACUGCUCGCUCUCCAAGAUUCUUGAAACACUUCAUCCUGGUGUCACCAAGUAUGAAGUCGCACAUUUCGGCGAUGGACAUUUCCGCUGUGUUAUCUAUGGUCUGGGACCUUAUAUUGCUGACUACGAGGAGCAAGUCUUAUUGACAUGCAUUGUGUGUGGUUGGUGCCCAAAAUGUUUGUCUUCAUGUGUCAAUCUAGACGAGCCAGCUGCUUGGCGUUGUCAGCAUCAUACGGAUGCACUUGUCAAGGAGGGCACUCUUGAUGCUUUAUGGGAUGAAUAUGGCAUUGUUGGUGAACUCAUCAUCAAGAAGUACCUAUACCAGAUGCACUCGAAGAAAGAUGCUGAUCGCAUCAUGGAUGACAUUGAUCAAAGAAUUGCGGCUGUUCCGGCCUUUGCUGGUCUUCAGUGCUUCCCACAAGGACGAGGCUUUAAGCAGUGGAUGGGCGAUGACUCAAAAGCUCUAAUGAAGGUAUACUUAUCCACCAUUGAGGGCAUAAUCACGGAGAAGACUCUCAAGCAAAUCCAGGAGCCACUCAACCGAUUUUAUCAGUACCAGAAAUUUUUUCAAACACUCAAUGUGGUUCCUACAUUCUCACUCCCUCGCCAACAUUCCCUUCAACACUACCUACUGCUUAUUCGACUUUUUGGGGCCCCAAAUUGUCUGUGCUCUUCAAUCACUGAAGCUAAGCAUAUCAAAGCAGUGAAGGAGCUGUGGAGGCGCUCCAGCCGGUACAAGGCACUUGGCCAAAUGUUGGUCACAAAUCAACACCUUGACAAACUUGCAGCAUCACAUGCUUUCAUAUCCCAUACCUCUGGAUCUGGGAUUCCAGAUCUCCCCCACUAA